AUGCCAAUAUUUCAACGGUACUGUGCUGCGAUGCUGAAAGCCCAAACACCAAAAACAAGGCCCAAACGGUCUACUCUUACUUCGCACACCAAUGUUUUGUGCUCGAGAUCUGGUCCUGAUCUCCUGACCUCUGAGAAGAACGAACUUGUAGAGAUGGAGCCUGAUCGCUAUGUUGUGGUGUUGGGGGUGGUAGUACCUUUAGGCGCUCGAAAGAGCCGCUGA